AUUUCAACUAAUUCCCACGCAAGAAGCCCACCACGUCAUCAUCGAAGGCCGGCCUUAAUUAAUUGAUCAAUUGUUCAUUCAUCUCUCUCUCUAAAUCUGCAGAGGCUCGCGCGAGAAAGAAAGAAAAAUCUUCAGAUUCAAUCUCUGCAGGCAUCCAAGUCGAUACCAAGAUGUCGUCAACCUUCAGCGGUGAUGAAACGGCGCCGUUUUUCGGCUUCCUCGGCGCCGCCGCCGCCUUGGUCUUCUCCUGUAUGGGGGCGGCGUACGGCACCGCCAAGAGCGGCGUCGGCGUGGCGUCGAUGGGCGUGAUGAGGCCCGAGCUGGUGAUGAAGUCUAUUGUCCCAGUGGUCAUGGCUGGUGUGUUGGGUAUUUAUGGUUUGAUUAUUGCCGUGAUUAUCAGCACUGGUAUUAACCCCAAGGCCAAGUCGUACUACUUGUUUGAUGGGUACGCUCACCUUUCUUCUGGUCUCGCCUGUGGUCUCGCCGGCCUCGCCGCUGGUAUGGCCAUCGGAAUUGUUGGAGAUGCUGGUGUGAGAGCUAAUGCACAACAACCAAAGCUCUUUGUUGGGAUGAUUCUUAUCCUCAUUUUUGCUGAAGCUUUGGCUCUUUACGGUCUCAUUGUUGGCAUCAUCCUCUCUUCUCGUGCUGGCCAGUCCAGAGCAGAUUAGAACAGCCCCUACCACUCCAUAAUAUUUAAAUUACUCACUCCUUAUUGAGAAAAGUUCAUAAUGUAUCUUUCCCUGAUUUGCAAGGUAGUUUGGCAGCAGCAUUUUUUUCAUGUUCGAUAUUACUGUUGUGCAUGGAAAUUUGCUUGGCCAAAAGAUUUGAGGGUGACCAUUGUAUUUUUGUGGGAUGUAGAUAAUUUUUAUUUUUCAUUAAUAAAAGUUGUUUGAUACUUUAUUGCAGUGUGACUUCUCGAGUAGCACAUUUGAUUUGUCUGGACUGUUGGACUGUUGCCUGUAUUAUUUGUUUUGUUGAUACUCUAUAUUUGUUAUUUUAUUUCAAAUCCAUAACCCUGCUUAAUGAUCAUAUUGUACUGGUGUUGGAAUAAGUUUGUGUUAGUCUGUUGGCAUUUAUGUUC